AUGGAUGAGGAGAAAGCAGGUCUUUCUGCCAUGGCAGACAGCGGCACCACUGGCACCGACCAGGAUGUGUUUGAUCUGGAAGUGGAUCUGGAAGUGCCUGACGAGGCCCAUGCCAGUGGCCUAACGCUGAAGCAGGUCAGCAGCUUCAUGGCAAGAAUGGAGCUGACAGACCCCAGCAUGCUCCGUGCAGUGUGCUGCCAUGAUCUUUUGGGCGGCUUUGGGCGAGUCUUGAGAGAAAGGGACAAGUCGGCCUACAGACUUAGCAAGCCAGUGCCCAGCAUUGGCUCUUUCAUAUCGCACAGCUGGCAGAGUUCGAUGCUUCUCAAGAUCUUGCUCCUCAUGCUCCUACACAAUGGCGCGCCUGCAGCGACAGCUGGGACCCUGGCUGCAACGGUUGCGACGGUCUUUUCGGCCUCAGACCUUCUGCCUGGGUACGUGAGAUAUUCUUCGGAAUUCCAACAGGAGUACGAGUAUGCCCCGUGGUGCCUAGCUGCAGGUCUUCUAGUAGCUCUGCUGACCUUUCUCUUCUGGCGGCCAAAACGCAAAGUCUUCGUGGACUUCGUCUGCAUCGAUCAGAGAACUGACGAGGCAAAAUGUCUGGGGAUCGCGAAUGUGGGUGCCGUCCUGAAGAACUCGACGUCCUUGUUGGUGCUGUAUGACAGCAGCAUCAUCAAAAGGCUUUGGUGUCUAUACGAGAUGGGUGCAUUCAUGAAAAGCCACGAGCAUCUUCCAGAGGAGGCUCUGACCAUGCGGCCUGUUUUCCUUGCACCAUUGCUGUCAGGAAUGAUUCUGUGCUUCAUCUUUGUAGCUCUUCUGCCCUUAGUUAAUCAGAGCAGUCCGUUGACCAUGGCACUCUACGCCGUCUUGAUGGUUGCCCCACCCAUUGUCUUCGCCGUCCAGAUCAAGACCUACGCCUCGUCCGUUGAGGCCAUGCGCUCGGAGCUAAAAAGCUUUGUCAUGCAGAACGCGACAUGCUCAUGCUGCGAAAGCAAUCUCUGUGGGGAAGCCGGUCUGUGCGACAGGAAGCUCUUGACAGACUGCGUGCAACAGUGGUUUGGCAGUAUCGAGGAGUUUGAAGCCUGUGUUCGCUCCAGAGUGUCUCAGUCGUUGCAGAGCCACUUGGGCCAGCUGCCCCUGACAUAUUCCAUGGUGCUCUGUGCUUCCACGCCCUUCCUUUGGUACAGGAUGGGCGUUCUUGCCGGCAUCCUCCUUGUAGGCGAUCUUUCGCAGGCUCUGGCUCAUGGCUGUCGUACCUUGCAGUGGUGGCUCUUGGUCAUCCCCAUGUUGUUUACUGCUGCGAUCGACAUGGCACACUUGCUUCGCCGACGCCGUUGCAACAAUUGCUGGGAUGCCAUGGUCAUCGUGCUGACCUUCUCCCUGGUAGUCGUGGCGGGCCUAGGAAUGACCGUCCUCGGGGGACACCUGUUGCCAUCCGUGAUUCCGAACCCCGUCCAUGGCAACAUCAUUUCAAUGACAUGCACGAUGGCGGUGGCAGUCUUGUACUAUUGCCUCCGACCCUUCAUCAAAGAUCGGUUUUCAGGGGUCAGCAGUGAUCAGAAGUUAGAUCGCGACGCAGAACUGUUCGAGUCUGAAGGUGCGAGCAGAACCACGAGACCAAAGAUCCGCCCACUGGGGGAGCUUUGGGAAGCUCAGGGCCAGAAGUCGCUGAGUACCCAAGCAUCGGGAUUGGAGGUUGCAAAUGCUGGCGGUUACGUGGUGUUGAAGGGGUUUGCGGCCUCUCUUUUGCCCUGCCUUGCCCAGAACCAGGUCCUUCCUGCAAAGAAGGUGGCUACCAUGGCAAGUCGAAGCACGCAAAAGAACUCGAGGGAGCUGCGUGUUGUUCUGGCGUCCGCCGCAUGGGCAGAUGAGCGGGAUCCGUUAGACUGGGAAGAUGACAAGUUCCCGAAGAUGGCGGAGCGGCCGGCCAUUUCCUCAGAAGAGACUGCGGGGUACCAUUUUGGCAUCUGCGCCCUGGAGAACGUCACACAGAACGAUUGGGAGGUGUUCGUUGCGGUGCAGCGCACCCAGCCAGAGUGUGUUCCCUGGGGUCUGAGACGGGAAACAAGCGCCUUGGCAGCAGCCUUUAGUGUCUUGUCGCCGUACUUCAAAGCUGAUGAAGCACAGUUUGACCAGUUCAAGAACCGGCUUCAUGGGAACUUCCAGUACACCAAGGGCUACAAAGUCAGGGCUGGCACCCGCAAGAAGUUCUCGCGCAUGGGAAUGGAGCAGGUCUACAGCAAGGCACGCCUUGGAGCCCAAACUCAUCCGAACCUGUUGGCUCAGUUCGUGACGAUGGACGUGUGGACGGUCAGCAAGCUGCAGUUCAACACCUUGCUGGGCACGGCGCGGCAGAGCCAUGCACUAGCUGUCAAAGUUCGAGGUUUCAUAGGACAGGUCUACCAGCACAUCGGCAUCAAAGCUGCUGGCCAGGCCCAGCAGCAAAAGGGAGCUGCUACGGAGGAGGAAACGCAGAAGAAAGGAUUCCAAAUCGGCAACGUCUUCGUGCAGUGCCUUUGUUCCGAGAUCAUGCGCUUUGACAUCGCGUUGAACAACUGGCAGUUUCUUCCGAAGCCGGAGCUGAAGGACAACACCACGAAGAAGAAGCUGCGCCUUGGAAUUCCGACCGGUCCCAAGAAAGGCAACGACACCUUCGAGACCGAGCCCUCCGAUCCCCCGAUCUACAGUUGGGCUCGCGGUGGGAUGUUCAUCUACAAGGGGACCAAGGAGAGCCUGAACAACGAGGUCUUGACAAUCGAAGUCCUCGGCCAGAAAGGCGGCCAGUGGGCGCCGCAGGGCAAGGCCUUGGUCGGCCUCAGGGGUGCAAUCGACUACCCGAUCGCGGUCGGCGUCGUGAAGAUCCUUACGACGGCGAAGAACGACUAUGUGCAAGGGGCUGAGCCUGGUUUGCUUGCAAGCUCGGGAAAAUGGGGGCCUUGGAUCAACGUGCUCUCCAGUCUUUUGAAAGUCUCGGGGCAUAUGCCUCGGCAUUUCCGCGCGUACGGGGCAAGAAUGAGGGAGCUGACCAUGUACUACUUGGUGGCGAGUGUACAACACCUGGUCGUCACGGUGAAUGGAGCGGAUGGCUUGCCCGUCGCAGAUCCCGACUAUGGCUCCUCCAACCCGUUCGUGCGUGUGAAGUACGACGGCACCGUGGAACAGAGUCCGGUGGUCAUGGCUUCGCUGGCCCCGUGCUGGAAUCACACCUUCUACAUACCGGUUCGGUUCAUCGAUCCGUGCAUCUACAAGGACAAGGCUUACAAGAAGAACAUCUUCCCGGAGGAGAUGGUUAUUCAAGCCUUGAAUACCAUGGGGGGCAUCCAGGGCGCCAUGCACGUGCUGCGGCUCUCCAGCUACGCCAUGGGAUCGAGCUCCGGGGUGGCUCCAGUGAGCGGCGACCGGUGGCUGCGGAUGCUGGCAGGUCCCAUCCAGCAGCUUGUGCGGGCCUACUGCCCAGACCUCUGGCGGUGGGUGGAUGAGACCAGCGUGCCCGCCCACGCCCUGAGCCUGCACCGUGCCGGGCGGACCUUUGGGGUUAUCCAAGGCCUCGCCUUGUCUUCCCUGGACAACUUGGAGGAUCAGGCCUUCCUGGCAACCACUGCGCGGCACCUGCAGGAGCUAACAGAGCGGAUACUGGAUUUGAUGCAGGCCGAAUCCGAGCAUUCAGAGGACGCCAGGCCCAAAUUCGAGGACACGGGGACAGACCUAGGCGAGAACGUCACAGAGGAAAAGCUGCUGCUGACAAUCUUGGAGACGAGCUCCAAAAUGAUCUUCGGGGGCAUCCGGGACACUGGGGAGUCGCUGCGCCAGGUCCAUUGUCUGGCCCUGUCUUUGGGACGGUGCUGCAGAGAAGAACUUUCCUGCAGUUCGCCCCAUACGUAG